AUGGAGGGCCGUGCGGUGGAUCCCGAGACGCUGUAUACGAAACAGAAUUGCAUUGGUGGUGGAAGCUUUGGGAAGGUAUACAAAGGAGUCGAUAAGCGUACAGGGCAAUCGGUUGCGAUCAAAAUAAUCGAUGUUGAAAAUGCUGAUGACGAGGUUGAGGAUAUUAUCCAGGAGAUUUCCAUUCUAUCGGAACUCAAUUCCCCAUAUGUGACGAAAUACCACGGCUCUUAUCUGAAGGGCUCUGACCUAUGGAUUAUCAUGGAGUUCUGUUCUGGUGGAAGCUGUUCCGAUCUUAUGCGUGCGGGUAAAAUUGAGGAAGAGUAUAUUAUGAUCAUUCUCCGAGAGUUGCUGUUGGGGCUAGAAUACCUACACACAGACCAUAAACUACAUAGGGAUGUUAAAGCGGCCAAUGUAUUGCUUACAUCUAGUGGACAAGUGAAGCUCGCAGAUUUCGGUGUAUCUGGUCAGCUCUCAGCGACCAUGACUAAGAAAAAUACAUUUGUGGGAACCCCGUUUUGGAUGGCCCCGGAAGUGAUUAAGCAAUCUGGCCACGAUCACAAGGCCGAUAUCUGGUCCUUAGGAAUUACUGCUAUCGAGCUUGCCGAGGGACAGCCGCCGUAUUCUGAUAUACAUCCGAUGAAAGUCCUAUUUUUAAUCCCAAAGAAUCACCCUCCUACCUUACAAGGAGAUUUCAGCAGGCCUUUUAAGGAUUUUGUGGAGCUAUGCCUGCGAAGGGACCCAAGAGAGAGACCGACCGCCAAAGAACUGUUGCGGCAUCCGUUUCUUAAACGUGCAAAAAAGACCACUUAUCUUACAGAAUUGAUUGAAAGAUAUGAAAGAUGGGUUGCUGUUCACGGAAAUGACCUCUCUGACGACGAAGAUGAAGGACAUGCUGCACCUCGCAAGCCCACGAAAGAAGAGGAGGAGCUUUGGGACUUCGGCACGGUCCGACCAGCUGGCCCUGGGCGAACGGCAGGUUUGCGUGCAAUGAAUGAUGCAGCAGCGAAUGCCAGAGCUCAGGGAGCCGAAGAUCGCCAUCGUAAUAUUAUAACUCGUGACUUUGCUGCGCCAGAGAACAACGUGCAGCGCAAAUCAUCAAACCACACGUUGAAGGCCCCACUCUCGCCGCAAAAAACACCGCAGAAAGAAAAUUUUAAACCUGCUUUACCGUCCAUAUCGCAAUUACCGCCGUCGAAAAUCCCGCUACCGCCAUCCCCACAAAAGUCGUCCGCGUAUCAAGAGCCACUAUUCAGCACUCCAGCACACAGCUCAAAAGCACCUGUCCAUUUUGAAAAAGAAAGCCCUGGAAGCUUAGACUAUGAUAGAGCUUUGCAACAAGCUCUGGCGCAAGAUAUGGGGUAUCUACAACUAGGCGACUCUCCCCGCGAAUUGCCAACCCCACAGCCCAAGUCGCUCCCAACACCCUCAACGAAAGAGCAAGUAUCUCGGAAACCUGCUCCAAUGCAACUACCCGAGAUACCACCUUAUAGGGGUAGCUCUAAUAAUAGGACGUCCUCUCAGAAUGUAUCGCUUCCACCGCAAUCAUCUCCGCGUCCGCAACCUCUGCCGGGUCAACUUCCUCUACCUCCCCUCCAACCCCGAAAUUAUACUCCAAUAACGCAAGAACCGAGGCCGCUUCCUUCGAUUCAACCUCAUAGACAGACUUCAGUUUGCUCCACUCAGUCCAUCGAAUCUCAGAAAUCCACCAGCUCCACAACAUCUCAGUCCGCUCUUGCAUUCACUGCCCGCCCAGCGCCUACCGAUGAGAUAACUGCACUUAACGGCGUAAUCCUUCCUGCGCUCGAAGCUACUCUUCGCCGUCGCGCAUAUUCACUCCAUACUUUAUCUCGCAAUUCUGCAGGCAAACCAAGUACCCCUGAGGCGGCCGAAGCGGCACAAAGAAGGCAGUACGCCCACGAAAAGCUAAAGAGACUGGUCAUCAAGGCAGCAGGGCUGUUUAAGGAUAUUGAAAAGUGGGAUGAGGAGGCUCCAGUGCCGAUGGGCGGGGAGAUUAAUUCGUUUUUGGAGGGCUUCUUAGAGGAAGUGCUUGUGAGAGUAGAGCCGGAAGAUGGAGAGCCGAGUCCAGCAAGACGGUAG